AGUGACGUAAGGGGACGUGACCCGUGACACUACUACUGCCGAUUACUGUUGACUAAAUGCGCAUGCGCUACCAACUCCGUUCGAGGAAGUGACGGGGAGACGAUUUCAGCAGUAUUUUGGUUAUUCCUUUUUUAGAAACUGUAAAUACAGCCUCAACGCUUCAAAAUGUCAGGCUUUGACAGCAACCCAUUCGCAGAUCCAGCAAACGAAAACCCGUUCCAGGAUCCAUCGGUCACCCAGGUUACCAACUCGACCAUGGAGUCUGUGGACCAGUUCAACCCCUUCCCUGCUCAUCCCACAGAAGCUAUGUCUGCUACCACCCCAGCCGCCACCUCUCUGUACCAGCCUGCAGUACUGCAGCCCUCCACAGUGCCCGGCCCGCAGGCGACAGCGGCUGUAGCCCAGGCCACCCUGAUGAGGCAGCAAGAGGAGUUGGAGAGGAAAGCUGCUGAGCUGGACCGCAGGGAGCAGGAGCUGCAGACCAGGGCUCCAACAGGCAAGGAGAACAACUGGCCUCCUCUCCCACGAUGCUUUCCCAUGAAACCUUGCUUCUACCAGGACUUCUCUGAGGACAUCCCAGAGGAGCACCGCAGGAUCUGCAAGAUGAUCUACUACCUGUGGAUGUUCCACUGUGUCACCCUCUUCCUCAACCUUCUCGCCUGCCUGGCGCUCUUCACCACAGCAGCGACAGCUGGUACAGGCUUUGGCCUCUCCAUCCUCUGGCUGAUCAUCUUUGCACCCUGCUCCUUCCUAUGCUGGUACCGACCAGUGUACAAGGCCUUCAAAUCCGACAGCUCCGUCAGCUUCUUCUUCUUCUUCAUGGUCUUUUUCUUCCAAGUGGUGAUAUUCAUCAUCCAAGCGGUCGGCAUCCCCGCUUGGGGCAACAGCGGAUGGAUUACCGCGCUUGCCUCCUUCGGGAACCCUGCGGUCGGGGUCAUUAUGACGGUGGUGGCCGUCUUCUUCACCGUCUGUGCUGUUCUGUCCAUUAUCCUCCUCAAGAUGGUGCACAGCAAUUACCGCCGAACAGGAGCCAGCUUCCAGAAGGCCCAGCAGGAGUUCUCCCAGGGCGUGCUCACCAACAAGACCUUCCAGUCGGCCACUGCCUCGGCAGCCACCUCCGCCGCUCAGGGGGCUUUCCAGAGCGCCAACUAGCACCAGAGGGGCUGCACACAGGAUAGGCACUGAUGAAAAUGUUCAACUUUUUUUUUUUUUCCUAUGAAGUUUAUUUCCACUCCAAUAAUGCAGGCCUCAAGGGCACGGCUAUUACUCUUGCAGCGACUCUUCAUCUCAAACUUCAACUCAUUGUGCACCGUGCUGGUAGGAAAUUGAUAUCAUUUUUUAAUUAUACUUCGGUAAAGGAGUGCUCCUUCUUGUGGACUGUACAAAUUGUGGGAUACGCUAGUCAGCUUCUCUCCAACCGAUCAUUCAUACCUCUCACCUUUUGGCAUUUUUCUUUUUUUAAAUAUUCAUGUUCACAUUCACCCUCUCCCAAAAAGCCAAUACAAGUAUACAGUCAUUCUUUUGGCUUAUUUUUAUAUUCAAGAAACAUGGAAGACAUUGUUUUCCAUAAUGUGCACUUCAGGAUGAAACGCCAGGGGUGAAGUUAGCAGUUUGGUCUUUAAUUGUUUUGUUUGGUUGUGGCUUCUGUGUGCACUUUCUUAAAUUCUCUUAAGCUUGUCUUGACAUUUGGCACUUUUCUGAGGCUUGUUUGUGUGGCUUAAUGUGUGCCUGUGUUGGUAAGAAAAUGGGUGACGUAGGCAAAGCAUUUGCUGGACUAGCUAUGGACUUCUUUCAAUUCUGUAUUAUAACAAAUAAUGAAGCCUUUCGGUUCAGUUGUCAGUGUCUUCUCCUGUGUAGUCCUGGUUAGCUUUUAUCUUCUUAAAAAGGUUGUCUUCCUUUUUAAUUUCAACAAACAGAAAUGGAGGAACAGGUUCAAUCAAAGGGUUUGCUAUUGUAAAGAUUGUAUGUCACAAGUUGUCUUUUGCAUUCUAUGUGUGUAGACUUCAGGCUGUUAAUAAACAGUAGACAAAAAAAAAAGUAGACAGAAGCUUUUGUGUAGCUUACAA